AUGGCCCGUUUGCGCAUUUGUUGUCCCGGGCUUCGCAACAAGAGCCAAUAUUUUGACCAGUGGCUGAGCUCCAGAUGGUCAAUCUCACAGAGCGUAUUCUUGUUGGUGGUCUUCGUGUUGAGUUGCUCAGCCAAGUUUGUACUGGGAGACGUGGUCUACGUGGAUCGCAUCAAUUACUUUUCGUACGGUGUUGUGACUAACGCUGCGUCGCUGCUUACGUCCCUCACCGUCUCUUUCACCAUCGAAGGAUGUCAUGCGAUCGACAAAGUCUUCUCCUGGAAAGCGCUUUGGAGAUUCACCGGGGUCUCGUUUCUCUUCACCUGUGCCAGCGCUCUGGUGGCGCUGUCACGUUGGACGGGCACCUCCAAUGUGCAGAUCGUCACGGUUGGUUAUCUAUAUCUCCCUUUGUCAGUGAUCAUGAGCUACUACGUCUUCUCCCGUAACUACGGGAAAUUGGAGUGGCUGACUUGCGGGAUGAUGACCAUGGCCGUUUUGACCUAUGUCAUGCUUCGAGAGCAGUGUAGAGACUUGGAGGAGACGCACCUUGGGGUGGAGGACUCACAUCCCUUGGCCAGGCUGAAGUCUUCUUUCACACCAGCUGGUUUCGGACUCCUGGUAACUGGUGUGGUCUUCAGUGUCUCAGGCUCCAUUGGAGCGGAGCGGAUCUACAAGCACAAGUCGCGAGGCUUGACCUGGUGGCAAGGCCGCUUCUAUAUCAUGAAGGUGCACAUCGAUGUCACCUCGCUGAUCUUGAGUCUCAUCUUGUGGGGUGUCAGCCAUCUACUGGUAGGUCGAAAGGAUGCCUUCUCUGAUUGGUUCGCCCUGUGGUCGAGCUCCCCCGAGUGGUUUGGCCGAUGGACCUGGUGGCAAGUGCUGGUAGUGAUCAUCGAUGUGACGCAAGGCUGGUCAGCAGGACUGGUGACCAAAGAGCAUUCAACGACCUUCAAGGCGAUUAUGCAGACGCUGUGCUACCUUUUGACCAUGCUGGUAGAGGUCAGAACAGCUUACCGCCGUUUCGCCCUAUCCACUCAUCCUGAUAAGGGCGAGUCUGCUGAAGCCUUUCGUUCGGUAGUCCAUGCAUUUGAAACAUUGGUUGAUGCUCGUAGACGAGCUACCGAUGACCAACUGUGGCGCCCUAAUCAGUCGCCUUCUGCACCCGUGAGAAAGGAUGUGCAUCAUCCAAAAAAGCGACAAGCAGAAUCAAGAAGCACGUUUGGCAAGCCGCCCAAGGCCAAGGACAAGCGCAAGCCUGCCAAGCGGGCCAAAGACGCACGCGAGCCUCCGCAGAAACAGCAGAAGCCAGACGCACCGUCCGCCACCACGCCAGAUGCAGAGAUGGAUUGCAACCCAGGAGAUCAUCCGCAACUUUUCUGCCACCUACUGCGGAUCCCAAGAAAGCAAGCACUAAAAGAGUUUCAGAAUCUGUCAGAGCAAAGGUUGAAUGCCUUCGCACGGUUGGACUCAGAUGAACCUGAAGAGAUUUUGAAUGAGCCACACCUGCACAAGUCCCGGAGUCCCGGAUGCUUGCCGUGCAAGAUCGCCCUACGUCAGGAAAGCUCCCAGCUCCAGCAGUGA